AGAUCCCUAGUUUGCAAGGUCAUGCGGUGAACAAAAAAUCAGCCCAAGUGGGAGGUUGGGUUGGAGAGGAUCUUUGCAUCAUCUGUGUUGCAGGGGCCAUUGAUGAGAGUGCACUCCAACUCAAAACAUUGCCUUUCUCUCUCCUCUCCACUUCAUCCUUUGAGUUACACUUCUGUGUUGGAUUAUUGAUUGUUUUGCACAGCAAGGGAGGGUGAUUGUGGAGGACCCACAGAAGGACACGUCAAAGAGAGCCAUCAUUAUUGAGACUCUUGUACUCUUCACAUUCACCUGUGUGGGAUCUUCAGAUGGAAUAAUGCCUUCGUGCUGUAGUAGAAGAUCCUCCUGGCUUCCAAUUGUGAUUGCUGCCACUCUGGUUCUACUUGCUCGCGCUCAUGUCGGACCCAACCGGAACAAAAGGGAGGCUGGCUCGUCCUCCUGCUUUGGGGGCUUCGACCUCUACUUUGUCCUGGAUAAAUCCGGGAGUGUGCUGAACCACUGGACUGAAAUCUACCAUUUUGUUGAGCAUCUCGCUCAUAAAUUUAUAAGUCCACAAUUAAGGAUGUCGUUUAUUGUGUUCUCCACUGAAGGAAAGAUUUUAAUGCGCCUGACAGAAGACAGGGAGCGCAUCCGCAUAGGUCUGGAAGAGCUCCAGGGGGUUCAUCCUGGAGGAGACACCUUCAUGCACGAGGGCAUCCUGAGGGCCAGUGAGCAGAUCUACCAUGGCAACAUAGAAGGUUAUCGCACCGCCAGCGUUAUCAUAGCUCUGACAGAUGGAGAGCUGCAUGAGGAUCUCUUCUACUAUGCUGAGAGAGAGGCCAAUCGAUCGCGAAGUCUGGGUGCCACCGUUUACUGUGUAGGAGUGAAGGACUUCGAUGAGACUCAGCUGGCCAAAAUUGCUGACAGUAAGGACCAUGUAUUCCCUGUCAACGAUGGAUUUGAGGCUUUGCAAGGAGUCAUUGACUCUAUCCUGAAGAAGUCCUGCAUUGAGAUUUUGGCAGCUGAGCCCUCCAGUAUCUGUGCAGGAGAGUCCUUUCAGGUGGUGGUGAGAGGAAAUGGAUUCCUCCAUGCCCGCAAUGUUGAUAAAGUCCUGUGCAGUUUUCGCAUCAAUGACACCGUUACCAAGAUGGUGAAACCUUUGAUAGUAGAAGAUACAUAUCUUCUUUGUCCAGCACCAGUGCUUCAGGAUGAGGGAAUGGCAGCAAAUCUUUAUGUCAGUAUGAACGAAGGUCUCAGUUUCAUCUCGAGCUCGGUCACCAUCACGACAGUGAGCUGCUCUGAUGGGUCCAUCCUGGCCAUCACUCUGCUCAUCCUCAUGCUGCUUCUCAUCUUGGCUCUGCUAUGGUGGUUCUGGCCCCUCUGCUGCACUGUGAUCAUCCAUGAGCCACCACCACCUAUUGCUGAGGAGAGUUCGGAUGAUGAAGACGAUGACACCCCAAAGAAGAAAUGGCCCACAGUUGAUGCCUCCUACUAUGGAGGAAGAGGAGUUGGGGGAAUCAAAAGGAUGGAGGUUCGCUGGGGUGAAAAAGGCUCCACUGAAGAAGGAGCAAAGCUGGAGAAAGCCAAAAACGCCAAAGUAAAGAUGCCUGAGCAGGAUUACGUGCAGACACCCACGCGGGUUCUUAACAAUGGCAUGCACAAACCCCUGGGGGCCCACAAGUGGUACUCUCCUAUCCAGAGCAAGUUGGAUGCAUUGUGGGCCUUUUUAAGAAAAGGCUACAACCGUGUGUCUGUAAUGAGACCCCACCCAGGUGACAAGGGCAGAUGCAUGAACUUCAUCCGUAUGAAGUCUGCACCUCACUAUCCACACUACAACCCGCACUCAUCUCCCAUCUACACCCCUCCCUGCAGGAGUCCACCAGCCCCACAGGGAACCCUGCCGCCCAUUCCCACUAGUCCUCCAUCAUCCCCCAUGUUCUCUGCUACCCUCCCCUUCUUGCCUCCAGCAGCCUUUGACCCCUCUCCUUCCCCUCCCGUCACACCUCCCUAUUACACCCCGCCUUCAAAACAGACUCUGCCCCCCACCGCCUUGCACAUAUUGGCCGCGCCCGAGCUGCCGCCAAGCCCUCCGCCACUCCUCUCGCCUUCUGGGGGUCUGCCACCCCUACCCCAAGGCCCCCCACCAGUCCGAGCCCUGCCCCCUACUCGCCCCCCGCCGCGCCCUGGCCUGUAGUUCAUAAAAAGAAAGUCUCGCCUACAAAAAUGAGCACAAGAGAGCAAAGCCCAGCAGGCUGUGGCCUUCAAAGGACAAUAAGGACCUGCUUACUGCGAGUUGCCUACACUGACUCUUCUUGCCCAACAGUGCGAUGGACGCUCUGGUGUUUGAAUUACAGUGCGGACACUCUAAACGUGUCAACUUCCUGUCUAGCAGAGGUAUUGUGGAGUCAAAACAGACUUCGACGAUAUUCACAUGUCUUUAUAUCAGUGGUUCUUAACCUGGGUUCUAUCGAACCCUAGGGGUUCGGUGAGUCGGCCUCAGGGGUUCGGCGGAGGUCCAAACACACCCAAGUCAUUGUGUAAAUACAAACUUCUCCCUAUCUGCGUUUUACGGAUCCGGCAACAGCUGACUGAUUUGCAGGUGUGUAAUUUGUUGUGAGUUUAUGCACUGUGUUGGUUUUGUUGUUUGAACAAGGUGAUGUUCAUGCACGGUUGUGCACUAGUAAAAAAAAAAACAUGGUAACACUUUAGUAUGGGGAACAUAUUCAGCAUUAACAUUAAUUAGUUGCUUAUUAACAUGCAAAUUAGUAACAUGUUGGAUCUUAACUAGUCAUUAUUAAGUACUUAUUAAUGUCUUAUUCUGCAUGGCCUUAUUAUAACCCUAACCCUGUAACCGUGACCCUAACAAUAGCCAAAUAACUUAAAAUUAAGUCUUUAUUACUUAGAAUAUGUUCCCCUAGUGUCCAAAUAAUUCUAUAUUAAGUCUUUAUUACUUAGACUAUGUUCCCCUAGUGUCCAAAUAACUGUAAAUUGAGUCUUUUUUACUUAGAAUAUUUCCCCUAGCGUCCAAAUAACUGUAAAUUAAGUCUUUGUUACUUAGAAUAUGUUCCCCUAGUGUCCAAAUAACUCUAAAUUAAGUAUUUGUUACUUAUAAUAUGUUCCCCAUAAUAAAGUAUUACCAAAAAGAUAACUUUGUCUUGAAUUAAAAAAAAUAAAAUAACAUUUUGGUUUUCACUAAAGAAGGGUUCGGUGAAUGCGUAUAUGAAACUGGUGGGGUUCAGUACCUCCAACAAGGUUAAGAACCACUGUUUUAUAUUAUUGAAAGCUGAGCAACUGCAUGUUAUAUCGGCGCUUUCAUUUCCCUUGUUACAGUAUGUAUGCCGUAUUGCUGAUAUCCAUUUGGACUUAUUAUGUUGGAAAUUGGCUGAGUUUUCAGGUGAAAAGAAAGUGUCCUCAUCAUGUUCCUCACUGUGCUGAUGCAGCAAAAAUGUGAGUCACAGCUGGCCUCUUUUAUUGCACGUCACAGUAAAUAUCCCAGGACUUGGACAAUGUGACAUUUUGCCCAUUGAUGUUUAACUGUGCAAUCACAGAUGCAAUCCUUCUAUCAAGAUGUGGAGAGAAAUGGACUGGAAUCAGGGAAAAAAAAGACUUACAUACAGCUUUUACCUUUUGAAAGUGCCUCAAACACACGUCAUGUGCUGCUUAUCUAUUUGGAAAGGGGCUUCUUCCUCCUAUCACGUGACAGUGCAGAAAUGUAAGGAGGGUACAAAGCCUUCCAGUGUGCUCGCUUAUUGGUAAGAACCACAAACAAGUACUAAACUGCAUCCAGGAGACACAAACAUGCUGAGCCCCACCCUUACAAUAACUCAAAUACACGAACAGUACACCCCUUACAUUUCAGCAACCAUUGUGUUACAGUAUAUUUUCUCAAAGGCCAGUUCUAAAGGAAUGAAAGUUCUCCUGGGAGCUAGGAUACUCUCUGGUGGACAUGCAUAACAGAGAUAUUAGUACAAAGCGAAGGGUUUAAAGCGCAGAAAACAAGUAGUUUUAUUAGGGGUUCUCAAAGGAUUUUUCUGAUUUUUAUAUAGUCUGAUUCUAAGUAGACUCAGAAUUUUAAAGAAUACAGUUUCAAAAAGUAAGUAUACUUUUAUAUACGUACACAUUUUUAAGAACCAAUUUAAAAAAACCAACAGUUUUUUAGGCCAUCUCUGUGCUCAAUGUGCCGUACACGCCAUACGUCAGCAGACAAGAAAAGCUUUUAUAAACUGUCUGUAAAUUUUAUCUUAAAGGGUUUUACACCAACUAAUAGUAUAUUGGAAGAUUCGAUUUGAAUUCGGAAUCAUGUUGAAUCAAGAAGUGAUUCAGAAUCUAAUAGUCAACCCAAGAAUUGGAAUUGAAUCGAAUCAUGAGUUUUUGUUAGAUUCACAUCCCUACGGUCAAUAGUCCGGAAAUUACAGUAAUUCUCUAUUGUUUAUAAUCGUAAUGUGAACAUCUGGACUGCAACCAAUAUUGCUUGAUAAAACUUUACAACAAAAGCCGGCAGGAGUCACCAUGCACACGGACAGCCCAUUGGAAGCUAAACCAACAAAACCCAAGAGGAAUUGGUGCCAGAAAGAGCGAAGAGGAACUGCUUUUGUUAGGCUUUCAAAAAGUCAAACGCCAACCGAACAACAAUCAUUUGCAAAACAUGUAACAAAAAAGGCGUUAUUGGCCCACAUACAGUGCGGCAAAAAAGUAUUUAGUCAACCACCGAUUGUGCAAGUUCUCCCACUUAAAAUGAUGACAGAGGUCUGUAAUUUUCAUCAUUGGUACACUUCAACUGUGAGAGACAGAAUGUGAAAAAAAAAUCUAGGAAUUCACAUUGUAGGAAUUUUAAAGACACGACGAGUUGAGUUUAUACCAAAAUAGAAACAUGGAUGAUACAGCAGAUGAUUGGGAGAAUGUCAUGUGGUCAGAUGAAACCAAAAUAGAACUUUUUGGUAUAAACUCAACUCGUCGUGUUUGGAAGAAGAAGAAUACUGAGUGGCAUCCCAAGAACACCAUACCUACUGUGAAGCAUGGGGGUGGAAACAUAAUGCUUUGGGGCUUUUUUUUUCUGCUAAGGGGACAGGACGAUUGAUCCGUGUUAAGGAAAGAAUGAAUGGGGCAAUGUAUCAUGAGAUUUUGUGCCAAAACCUCCUUCCAUCAGUGAGAGCGUUGAAUGGUUGACCAAAUACUUAUUUUCCACCAUAAUUUAAAAAUUAAUUCUUUAAAAUUCCCACAAUGUGAAUUCCUGGAGUUUUUUUUUCACAUUCUGUCUAUCACAGUUGAAGUGUAACUAUGAUGACAAUUACAGACCUCUGUCAUCAUUUUAAGUGGGAGAACUUGCACAAUCGGUGGCUGACUAAAUACUUUUUUUCCCCACUGUACAUUCUUUUCUGUCAAUAAAAUGGGACAAAGUACUAACAUUACCUUGAAACCCGGAAGUGAAGAAAAUAACACACGGAACAAGCCUUACAUAGUAAUAUCCAUCCAAUAGCAGAGUCUAUGACAAGCAGUCAUCGCAGACGCAGCAAAAUUACAGAUGCCAUCUCUAAAUUCAUAUUUGUAGACAUGACAUACAGUAGUAUACACUUUCAAAAAGAAGGGCUGGCACUAUAAAUACUCCUUACUCUUUGUUUUAAAAAAUAAAAAGUGUUUUUUAAUAAAAGGAGAAAAGACAAGCAAAAUGUCAUUAAUUUUGAGUGUAUAAAGAACAUGUUAAGAAAAAAAAAUAUAUUGUGAUAUACAGUGGGGCAAAAAAGUAUUUAGUCAGCCACCGAUUGUGCAAGUUCUCCCACUUAAAAUGAUGACAGAGGUCUGUAAUUUUCAUCAUGGGUACACUUAAAUAGUGAGAGACAGAAUGUGGAAAAAAAAUCCAGGAAUUCACAUUGUAGGAAUUUUAAAGAAGUUAUUUGUAAAUUAUGGUGGAAAAUACGUAUUUGGUCAACCAUUCAAAGCUCUCACUGAUGGAAGGAGGUUUUGGCUCAAAAUCACACGAUACAUGGCCCCAUUCAUUCUUUCCUUAACAUGGAUGAAUUGUCCUGUCCCUGUAACAGAAAAACAGCCCCAAAGCAUGAUGUUUCCACCCCCAUGCUUCACAGUAGGUGUGGUGUUCUUGGGAUGCAACUCCGUAUUCUUCUUCCUCCAAACACGACGAGUUGAGUUUAUACCAAAAUGGAUACAUGGAUGAUACAGCAGAGGAUUGGGAGAAUGUCAUGUGGUCAGAUGAAACCAAAAUGGAACUUUUUGGUGUAAACUCAACUCGUCGUGUUUGGAGGAAGAAAAAUACUGAGUUGCAUCCCAAGAACACCAAACCUACUGUGAAGCAUAUAUAUAUGAACAUAAAAUUGCAUAUGGUUUUGUCCAUAUCACCAAGCACUAGUGUGAGGAGUCUGACUGCUAGGUACAAUAACUGAGACAGUAUACAAAAAAAAAGCGAGAUUUUGGUGCCAUUUUUCAUCGGAAAUUGAGGCACAUCUGUAACAAAUAUCAGUUGUUUAAAUGUGAAGGGUGGCCUCAUCUCAAAUAAAUGCCUUGCUUCUAAUGGUGCAUGUGGUUAAGUAAACAAAGAUCACCUCGGUGUUUGGGGAAAUACAGUACUGUAGAAUCACAGUAUGCUUAAAUGUUUGUAUUUAAGACAGAACCUUUUAGUAAUAAAAGCACAGUUUCUAGUUCAUGUUUUUUUUAAAGAUAUUCACAGUCAAGCUUGCAAAGAGCAUGCAUGUAAAAUGGUUAGUGUAUAUAUAUUAAUUAUUUUGUAUUAUUUUGUGUUGUAUUUUAUGAUGCUGAUGAAUGUGCACAUUUGAAUUUCAUAUAAAAUUGAAAGAAACAUGUAUACUUUCCACUGACACAGUAUGUUUAAAAAAAUAAAAUAAACUGUGUAAAGACAUGACAGUAAA